AAUUAUAAGAAGGAGAAGAGGACAUUGAAGACAUCCAAAAGAAGAUGGCAAAUGCUAAUCCACGUCCCAUGAAAGAAUUUGCACGCCCAGUUGUUGAAACAUCACUAUCAUGCAUUUUAUUAGAUGCUACUGCUAGAAAUUACGAGUUGAAAAAUACCCAUUAUAAUAUGCUUCCAUCUUUUUAUGGUGUUGCUAGUGAAGAUCCUUUGUCAUUCAUUUAUGAUUUUUAUGCUAAAAUUCAAACUUUUCCUUUGUAGGGAUUAAGUGAAGAUCAAUUGCAGAUGAGAUGUUUUCUAUAUACUAUGAAGGAUAAAGCUAAGAAAUGGCUUAUGUCUUUGACACCUAGAUCACUUGCAACAUGGGAAGCAAUUUACAAUAAGUUCGUUGGAAAAUUUUACUCACAUCAGAAGACUAUUGAACUUAGGAGGAAGAUCGCCACUUUUUCCCAAUUGGAGGGUGAGUCGUUCCAUGAAGCAGGGGAGCGCUUUAAAAUGCUUUUAAUCCAAUGUCCUCAUCAUCAUUAUCCUUUAGAAUUACAAAAUCAAAUUUUCUAUGGUGGAUUAACCCAAGCCUGUCAGGCUACUGUUGAUAACGCUGCAGGUGGUGCCAUGGGUGAAAAAACUGCACAACAAACUUAUGAGCAAUAUGAGAUGCUUGGCGCAAAUUCUCAGCAGAAAAGUGUUAGGGGUAAGCAUUCAGGCAUAUAUGAAAUUAGUCCUAAUAAUGACCUUGCUAUGCAGGUGGCUGACUUAACCAAACAAAUCAAAACAUUGAGCAAUGUAGUCAUGAAUAAUGGAUCGGCCCCUAGUGAGGUAUGUGCAAUAUGUGGUAUUUUUGGUCAUGUCUCUAACAUCCGUCUAGUGAGGCUUUUCCAGAAUAUUUACAAAAGCAAGCUAAUAUGAUGAAUACCUAUAAUCAGAAAUCUAAAUUUGUUCCUUUUUCAAAUACUUAUAAUACUGGUUGGAGGUUUCAUCCUAAUCUUUCAUGGAAUAAUAACCAAAAUCAAAAUCAAGCUAGCUCUUCUUUCCAGUAAAGAAAGCCCUCAUUGGAAGACACUUUGAAUAAUUUUAUACAAGUAUGCCAAAAUAGCCAACAAAGCAAUGAACAAAAAUUUCAACAACAAGAGGCCUCUUUAAGGAACCUGGAAGUACAAAUUGGACAGAUUGCGGAUGCUAAGCAAAGCCAUGUUCUUGGCAAAUUCCCAAGCCAACCAGAGCAAGCCAAGGCGAUAACAAACUUCGAAGUGGUAAGGUAAUUAAUACUGAAUUAAAUCCUAAAUCUAAUGACGUGUUACUCAAUGAUGUAGGUGAAAAAGUUGAAGAAAAAGAAAUGGAGGAGGAGCCACCAAGGAAACUCAUGGGUAGCACAAAAGUGGACAUGAAUGGACCUGUUUUCAUUACCGGGACAGCCCCUAAAGUUAAUGAGCAGCCACCUUUAGCUGCACCCAAUCUCCACAAGGCAUCAAAGCCUUAUAUUCCACCUCUUCCCUUUCCGAGCCACUUAAAUAAAAGAAAAUGGGAUAAGUUUUUUGCUGAAAUUUACGAUAUAUUAUCGAAAGUUAAUGUGAACUUACCUUGCUUGAUAUGAUUAGGAACAUGCCGGCUUAUGCAAAAAAAUUCAAGGAACUUAAUACUUAUAAGCAUAAGUAUGAACCGCAUGAAAAGGUAAUGGUAUCAGAAACGGUAAGUGCAGUUCUUCAAGGGAAAUUGCCACCUAAAUUGAAGGAUCCUGGGAGCUUUAAUAUUAAUAUUAAUGUUGGUGAUACAAAGCUUGAAAAAGCCAUGUUAGAUUUAGGGGCAAGCAUAAAUUUAAUGCCUCACUCAAUAUACAUUCGAUUGGGAUUAGGGGAGUUGAAGCCUACAACAAUGUCUUUACAACUCGCUGAUCAUUCAGUUAAAUAUCCAAGAGGUACUGUAGAGGAUAUUUUAGUGCAAGUCGAUAAGCUAAUCAUUGUAGAGGAUAUUUUAGUGCAAGUCAAUAAGCUAAUCAUUCCUGCAGAUUUUGUUGUCUUAGAUAUGGAGGAUGCACCAAUUCAUGAUCGGGAAUUGCCUAUUUUGCUUGGACAUCCAUUCAUGGCAACUGCCAAGACAAUCAUCGAUGUUCAGAAUGGCAAGCUCACCAUGACAGUCCUUGAUGAGACAGUGGAAUUUAAAGUGUUUGACUCUCUAUAUUAUCCUUCUAAUUCGUAUGAUUGUUUCUCGAUUGACACUUUGGAUUCGGUUGUUUUUUCUAAUUUUAUGCAGAAUAAAGUGGAAGAUAAAUUGGAAGCAGCUUUAACAUUGGGAGGAGAAGAUUGGCAUGAUGGUAAAGAUAUAAGGGAGUUCAUGGAAACCGUAAAUAGUGCACUGCCAUACCCUCCUAAUGCUAACCCAAAUGAGAUUCUCGAGCCUUCCAAACCCAAAUUGGUCCCUUCCAUUAUGUCCCCACCUAAGUUAGAAUUAAAACAACUUCCAUCCACCCUCAAAUAUGCUUACCUUGGAGAUCAUAAGACUCUUCCAGUGAUCAUAACCUCUGAUCUUACUCCAUUGGAAGAGGAGAAAUUACUUCGAGUUUUAAGGGAGCAUAAAACUGCCAUAGGAUGGACUAUCGCCGAUAUCAAAUGAAUUAGUCCAACCAUGUGCAUGCAUAAAAUUUUAUUGGAAGAAAAUGCCAAGCCAACAAUAGAAAAUCAAAGAAGAUUGAACCCAAUAUGAAGGAGGUGGUGUGCACAGAGGUUCUUAAACUACUAGAUGUGGGAAUUAUUUAUCCCAUUUCGGAUAGCAAGUGGGUGAGCCAGGUUCAAGUGGUUCAAAAAAAAAUCUGGAAUUACGGUUGUGAAGAAUGACAAUAAUGAGCUUGUGCCAACAAUAGUGACUACGGGUUGGAGGGUUUGCAUUGAUUAUAGAAAGCUUAACCUUGUCGCUAGAAAAGAUCACUUUCCUUUACCUUUUAUUGAUCAAAUGUUUGAACGAUUAGCCGAUCAUUCUUACUAUUGUUUUCUUGAUGGUUUUUCAAGGUAUAAUCAAAUACCAAUUGCACCCGAAGAUCAAGAGAAGACGACGUUUACAUGCCCAUUUGGUACCUUCACAUAUCGUAGGAUGCCCUUUGGCCUAUGUAAUGCCCCUACCACCUUCCAAAGAUGUAUGAUGUCAAUUUUCUUUGACAUUAUUGAAAGAUGUAUCGAGGUAUUUAUGGAUGAUUUUUCUGUUUUUGGCAUUCCAUUUGAUAAUUGCCUUGAUAAUUUAAUAGUGCUUAAAAGAUGCAUUAAGACAAAUCUAACCUUAAGCUGGGAAAAGAGCAACUUCAUGGUAAGGAAAGGUAUUGUUCUAGGCCAUGUUAUUUCUAAUAAAGGUAUUGAAGUAGGCAAGGCAAAAAUUGAUAUAAUUGCUAAGUUGCCACCUCCCACUUCUAUUAAGGGUGUGUGAAUCUUUCUUGGUCAUGUAGGUUUCUAUAGGUAUUUCAUCCAAGAUUUUUCAAAAAUUAAUCAUCCGCUAUGUAAUCUCUUAGCCAAGGAUGCUGUUUUUAAUUUUGAUAAAAGCUGCCAUGAUGCUUUUGAUACUUUGAAAAAGAAAUUAACAUCAGCACCUAUCAUUAUGUCACCCAAUUGGUCUCUUCCUUUCGAAUUAAUGUGUGAUGCAUUUGAUAAUGCUAUCAGUGCGGUUCUUGGACAACGUGUAAGUAGCUUGCCUUAUGAUAUUUAUUAUGCUAGUCGCACAUUGAAUGAUGCUCAGUUAAAUUAUUCCACCACGAAAAAAGAACUGUUGGCAAUUGUCUUUGCUUCGGAAAAGUUUCGCUCCUAUUUAAUUGGGUCAAAGGUUAUUGUUUAUCCUGAUCAUGCUACUCUUAAGUAUUUGCUAACCAAAAAGGAUGCCAAGCCUCGAUUCAUUAGGUGGAUUUUAUUGUUGCAAGAGUUUAAUUUAGAAAUAAGGGACAAGAAAUGGAGCGAAAAUGUGGUGGCAGACGACCUUUCUCGGCUAGUGGAGGUGGAUGGCCAUGAAGUACAAAAGCAAGAAGGUGUCCCACCCAUUCAUGAAGCUUUUCCUGUUGAACAACUCUUCUUAAUCCAUGAAAAAGGGUCCUGGUAUGCAGAUAUUGUUAAUUACUUAGCUAGUAAUAUUAUCCGUUCUGAUCUAACCUCACAGGAAAAGAAGAAAUUUAUGUCUGUGGUUAAGCAUUAUUUUUGGGAUGACCCUUAUUUAUUUAAACAUUGUCCUGAUCAAAUAAUAAGGCGUUGUGUUCCAGAAAGUGAGCAGCAAAGUAUCCUACAAUUCAACCAUGAACUAAAUUGCGGAGGACACUUUGGGGCCAAAAAGACAGCUUUUAAGGUUUUGCAAUCCGGUUUCUUUUGGCCUACGUUAUUCAAAGAUGCAUAUAAUUUUUAUGUUAAUUGUGACAGGUGCCAACGAUCAGGAAAUAUAAGUAAAAGGAAUGGGAUGCCACUCACUACAAUUUGGUGGUAGAAUUAUUUGAUGUGUGGGGUGUAGACUUUAUGGGUCCCUUUCCUACAUCUUUUGGUUAUAAUUAUAUUCUUGUAGCUAUGGACUAUGUGUCUAAAUGGAUUGAGGCAAUUGCAACUAAAACUAAUGACAGUAAGGUUGUGCUUGGCUUUUUGCAGGACAUGAUAUUUACUAGAUUUGGGACCCCCAGAGCCAUAAUUAGUGAUAGGGGAAGUCACUUUUGUAAAAAAAAGCUUUUGCAGCAUUGUUGAAGAAAUACAACAUCACUCAUCGGAUAGCAACACCAUAUCACCCUCAAACUUCAUGACAAGUCGAGGCUUGUUUUCGGAACAGCUUGCCACCUGCCAGUGGAAUUGAAGCAUAGAGCAUACUGGGCAAUUAAGCAAUUAAAUUUUGACAUGGGUAAAGCCGGAGAUGCUAGGAAGUUGCAACUAAAUGAGUUAGACGAGCUCUGGAACGAGGCUUAUGAGAAUGCAAAAAUUUACAAAGAAAAGACCAAGUUGUGCCAUGACAAAAUGCUGCAAAGGAAGGAGUUCAAACAAGGUAUGCAAGUGUUGGUUUAUGACUCACGUUUACGUCUUUUUCUAGGAAAAUUGAAAUCUCGGUGGCUUGGACCUUUUAAAGUAAGACAAGUAUUCCCUCAUGGAGCCGUUGAAAUUGAGAAUACGAAGACUGUGAAUACUUUCAAGGUGAACGGGCAUCGAUUGAAACCAUAUUUAGCCAACACUACUAUAGCUGAGGUGGUUGAUUUCCUUGACUUGAUCAAGCCUUAGAUUGUGCAUUCCGUCUUGCCUAGACGUUAACUAAAGCGCUUCGUGGGAGGCAAUCCACCUCAAUAACUUCGUUCUGUUAUUUUUUGUUUUUGUUUUUGUUUAUGUUUCCAUACUAUCAAGACCUUCUCUACUCAUUGCAUAAUUUUCUUGACAUAAACAUUGAGGACAAUGUUUAGUUUAGGUUUGGGGGUGGAAAACUUUUGUUUUUCUGAUUUUUAUUUUUGUUUUUAUUGGAGUAAGAGAACAAAGGAAUAUGUGUUUCAGAAUUAUUGUUGCAGAUGGUUUUAUUACCCAUGAGAAGCUCACAAGAUCGAAGAAAAAGAAGGAAAUGGUGAUGCGGCCCUACUGGUUUUAUGCCACAUAUGUGUGCCAGCAACAAAGUGAUUGGAGCUUUCAUUCUUCCACAAUGUGGAGCCACAACAGAUGUAUCAUUUUCCUUUAUAUAAUUGCUCUAUGUUGUCUUCUUUUUAUAAUUGUAGAUGAGGAAUUGCAUAGGAUGAUGACCUACAAUUAAAUUAAUCAUGGGUGGGGUUUAAAGAAAAGCACAAGAAAAUGAAUUUGUCUGAAACAUGAGAUGUUAAAGGUGUCACUUUAAUUUAUUAAUGGCAAUGAAUAUGAUAUGCUAAAUCAUUCAACCUUGACUAAAGGGUUGCUUUGGAGGUUUGUGCAUCACACUUUCACUCAUUCAUUAUGCCAUAUCUCAAGUGUUUUGGUGGAUAAAGUGUCUAUGUUCGAAUGAUGUGGAGAAAUAGUGGAGACUACCCCUUUGAGAUUUUGAGCCUAUACUUUUGUUGAGAGUGUUUUAUUGUUUCUACUCUUAAACACUUUUUCAAAUUCUUUGUUUGAUUUUUACGAUCUCAUAAAUACUAAUUUGCAUUGGAUACUAAAGAACUUCUCUAUGUUGGGUAUUUUUGCCAUUGGGUUAGAUGGAACUAUAAAGAUGAAGUUAGGCUAUGUAUGCUUCCACCACUAAAUGGCCUUAUUCCAUCCCUUUUGUGUGCGCCAAUAUCCCAUUUGAAGCCAAACACUUAGCCAAUUCUUUCAUCUCAUCACCCACAUUAUACUCUACCUAUUUUGCACUAUUGUAGCCAUACCCUAUAGCUUGGGAGAUAUGAGAUGACAAAAAAAAAAAAAAAAAAAAGGGUUGAGCUCUACACCAAGGAAGUGGCGUGUACCGAGGUACCAUGUGUCGUAUCAUUGUUUUGCAAUUUCUAGUUUCAUUCAAAAGAAAAAGAAAAGAAAAAAAAAAAAGAAACGAAAAAGAAGAAAAAAAAAUCAAAGAAAUUAGAUAGACUGGAAAUUGUUCCUUUCUCAUUACAUGAGUCCUGGACGCCAAGAAUUAUACAUCAAGUUUCAAAUGAGGGCUAGCCAAACUGCAUAUGAAAAAAUCUUGGUAUAUCUCAAGUUCUAGUUUUUCCUUAUCCCUUCUUUGAUAGCCCUUACCCUAGCCUUUCAUUACAACCAUAGUAAAGACCUAAUGGAUUUAUGGGGAAACCUUGCUUAAUGGUGUAGAUAAAUACCUAUGUUCCUAGUAUUUGAUUCCUUUCAUGAGAUCUAUUUUCAGAAAUUGCCGUUCGUUUUAAUAUUACUCAUAUGUGAUUAUAUUUUGAUUCCCUUUACAUAACUUCAUCACAUAUGCUUGUUAAGAGUGAAAGCUUAGGUUCAGAGACAAAUUGAGAGAUGUCCAAGUGAGAAUUAGAGUCAAGGCGAAUUUUUACACACACCGAAUGUGGAUUCUUUAAGCUCGAGUGCUUGAGAUGUCGGCUACACAUGUUUUUUUAUGUGGUAUACUGGCUUUUAAAGGCAUAAAUUUAGUUUUGAAGUGUGAUUGGCACACAUUGGUUUUCAUUAAUUUAUGGAAGUGAUGUCUUUAACAACUUUGUUUUGUAGGAAAACAUUUGUGGGUAAUGUAAUUGGUAAACCCUCAGAAGACACAACUCCUCCAACUAGGGACACCUAGGGGUUUAAAGGCUUGUGCCACAUGCUGAGUGCCAUCAUGAUUCCCUACGAAAGUGGCUUAGAUUAAUUUCUUUUUAGUUUUAGUUGUGUCGUGUUCUUUUAAGUUUUAAUUGUGUUGUGUCGUGUUCUUUUAAGUAUUCCAAUGAUCAUCAGAUGCUAAUUUGUUCAAUCCGCAAUUUAAUGGCUGCUGUUUGGAAAUUAUAACUGGAGAUGGAAGGUGCUGCACAGAACUUUCAUGUUUGUUGGGACGUCAGAAAUUCAUCAGGACGAACUGGUGUCGUGCCACAUAUGUAUGGAAAGAUCUAGAUGUCUUGUUUCGGUAGAAUUUUACAUAUCAUGAUUCGGAUGCUUCUAGAAGAAGUUAUACCUGUUUUAGUGUGAGAAGGUCGGCUCAGGAGUGGAGUCCAGUUUGGAUCAGGAAACCGAAGUCUGAUAAUGUUGGAAUUCCUGUUUGGGCUGGGAUUCAAUAAUUGCGGCAAAGCAAAGCCUAACCUAAACCUACCUACAUAUUCCUUAGAUGUUUAUUUAAAAGGGAGAGAGCAGCAACGUGGAAAGGAAGAAAAGAGACGCACUUCAUCAUAUUGUUGGACGAUUGACCGAAGGAGAAGCCAAACGCAAGGGGUCCUCCGAGGGUUUUCUUUUACAUCUUUUCAAACUUUGUGAUUAUGAUGGUCAUGAUUAUGUCUUGCUAUAAUUUGAUGACUAUGAGUAAUUAAAUUCUUUAUUAGGGAUCCGAUGUAGUAAUUCUAUGUUUUAGUUAACAUUAUUCUUUUAUCAGUUCAAGGUUUCUAGUUUCAUUCAUUGUGCUUAAUUCAUUCUUAAUGUUAAUGUUAUUAAUUAGCUACCUUUAAUAUGAAUUAUUACAUGUAUGAGACAAGGUUAUAGUA